UGAGAGAAAGCAGCCCGACACAGCGAGCUCUCCACUCCACUUCCAUUCUGCUCGCUCUUUCCUUCUCUCAGCUCGUCUGUCUGUCCUUCUAUCAGUUCAUCUCUUCCGAAAACUCGGCAGCCGGCCGUUGGUGGAGGAGAGAUGCUCGAGCUCGGACUGUAGCGGCACCAACGCGCUGUUUAGUUCCGCACCGGGCGAGGAAUGCCAUCUGAGCCUCAAUGUUUCACUGGGCCAAGUGGAAGAAGAGGAUGGGCGCGAACAGCUCCUCUAAGAGACCGGUCUUCGACGAGAAAGAGGACGUGAAUUUCGAUCACUUCCAGAUUCUCCGAGCUAUUGGAAAGGGCAGCUUUGGGAAGGUGUGCAUUGUGCAGAAGCGUGACACCGAGAAGAUGUACGCCAUGAAGUACAUGAACAAACAGCAAUGCAUAGAACGAGAUGAGGUCCGAAACGUCUUUAGAGAGCUAGAGAUCCUACAGGACAUUGAACAUGUUUUUUUAGUCAACCUCUGGUAUUCUUUCCAGGAUGAGGAGGACAUGUUCAUGGUAGUAGACCUAUUACUGGGAGGAGACUUGAGGUAUCACUUGCAGCAAAAUGUCCAGUUCACCGAGGAGGCAGUUAAGCUUUACCUUUGUGAGAUGACCCUGGCACUGGACUACCUGCAAAGCCAACACAUCAUACACAGGGAUAUCAAACCAGACAAUAUUCUUCUGGAUGAACAAGGCCACGCCCACCUGACUGACUUCAACAUCGCUACGAUUAUCAAAGAUGGAGAAAGAGCCACGGCUUUAGCUGGGACCAAGCCAUACAUGGCUCCUGAGAUUUUCCAGUCUUUUGUAAGUGGUGGGACUGGAUAUGCGCUUGAAGUGGACUGGUGGUCGUUAGGGGUCACCAUAUUUGAGGUCCUGCGAGGAUGGAGGCCGUAUGACAUCCAUGCCAGCAACUCCGUGGAGUCUCUAAUGCAGCUCUUCAGCACAGUCAGCGUGCAGUACUGUAACUCCUGGCACAAAGACCUCAUCUCCCUGCUGCGUAAGCUACUGACAGUAAAUCCAGAGCAUCGCUUCUGCAGUCUUGCCCACAUGCAAACAGCCCCCUACCUCUCCGACGUGAACUGGGACGCCGUCUAUGAGAAGAAGAUGGAGGCUGGAUUUGUUCCCAACAAAGGGCGCCUGCAUUGUGACCCCACCUUUGAGUUGGAAGAGAUGAUUUUAGAAUCUCGUCCACUACAUAAGAAGAAAAAGCGUCUGGCCAAGAACAGAUCAAGAGACAACAGCAAGGAUUCCCAGUCGGAGAACGAAUAUCUACAGGAGUGCCUUGAAGUCGUGCAGCAGGAGUUUGUGAUCUUCAACCGAGAAAAGUUGAAGAGGAGACUGGAGGAGGGAGGAGAAGGUGAGGGAGCAGAGGGAGAAGCAGAAGGAGAAGGCGACCCUGACCGAGAGGCUGACGAGGCAGAGGGCGGGACAGAGGAUGAAGAAACCGAGGCCGAACCCGAGACCUCCAAACUGAGCAUGUGCGGCUCGGUAUGCUCAUCUCCGGGCAGCUCUUAGAUCCACAGGCACAGCACCUCCUGCUGGUCUCUUAGGUGUCACUGCGCUCACCAUGCCUAUAAAGCCCUAACUUUUUUCCACCCAGCACGAAAAAAAAAACCAAGUGCUCCCGGUUAGGGCUCCGAAACAUCUCUCUUCUCCAUCCCAGUUACAUUCAUCUCAGCACAGUUUGGGUUCCGCCUAUACAAGCAACGACAUGGCGUCCAUUUUCCCAUUCUCCACAUGGCCUCUAGAGUAAGCUCUAUCAAUCUUCUAUGCAACAUUAUCUGUACAGCAUGAUGUAAAGUAGAUCUUUUAGAAGUAACGUGCCGCGCCGAGACCGCAUGAUGACACACACACACACACAGAGCAAUAGGACUCUGCCUUAAAGAUGUUACCAUGACAAGGGCGGCUAUACGAGAAUGCUGUUUGUGUAUUAAUUAUGAGUAGGUGAAAACACUCUGAACUUUAGACUUGCUAUGUUUGCUCUUUCAGCUGAUCCCACUGAAAGUGGGCUGCUAUUUACUAGUCAUUAAGCAUUCAGUUCAUUUCUGUAGAUGUAAUUCCCAGAUAGCAAGUGAGUGAUGACCCAGUGCCUGCCCACACAUACCUCUUUCACCCUGCACACUUUCUGCUACGGAAUGACAGCCACAACUCAAACACGAUGACACCGUACAGUAUCUCAGGCAAGAUAUGGUGCAGUUGGAUCACCUUCGGUCCGCUUCGCGAGCUUUAGAUAUGGUUUGUCGCAUUUGGUUCUUUUUUUGAUCCGUAUUGGAAAUGCCAGGAAAACCUUAAAUGUGGCAAUUUACACAACCAGGUUUGGAUUACAACACACUUCCUAUCACCAUAACUGACUGUAAUGUGCCUAAACUUAACAUUUGGCCUGGAAUUGUCUGCUAUCUGGGAUUAAUUGCUUUGCAUUUAAAAGGAGCACUCUUACAAAAGUGACCAUGUGACUACAGUUGUCAUGUUCUGAAUAUUUGAGAACAAAAAAAAAAAAAAAGUGUUCAUAAUAUGUCACAAGUAAAUACAUACGAAACUUUCUUAAGCUUCACGUCGGAGUCUGUCGAGGUGUUAAUGUUAACGCGGGCUUGGGUUUUUCCGUAUCUCUGUCUUGAUAAACUUGCUGCUUCUGGCCAGCACUCUGUUCAGUGGUUGGCACUUUGAUCUGUGUUUCUCCUUCCGACUGUUAGUGUUUAUCAUGUAAGACGCUUGUUUCCGAAAGACUCGAUGUUCAGUGUAGGUCACACUGCAGUAGUGUGCGUUCAGUGCAUUCGGUUCACGACUCUAGUGCUCUUCCAUUCCUGCUGCUUAGGACCUACUGAUGAGUUGGACUUCACCAGGGGAAUAAGCUUUAUCGACCUCUAUAGGACACCAAUUUAAGACUUCGUUUAAGGUUUCGAAAUAAGUAUUAUAGGUGCCAUUCGGGGGUCUGUGUUCUGCAUCGAUUUGGUUUAGGCACUCCCCCUAGUGGGCCGGAUGAGGCUUUUCUUUAGAGUAGCAGUGAUUGAAUAGUAUAUACAGUAAAUAGGAUACCAUUAGUUUUAAGGUGAUCCCAUCAAGCUGAGUUGUGACGUCAGAACAUGUAGCAUUCUACAUAGUUAGACAACACCGUUCAAUAGUUGGUGUUGUAUAAUUAUGUAAAACAUAGCAAGAUGCAGGACCUUUUCUCCACAGUUUUAUGUGGAUGCGCAUAUCAGACAUGAACAAAAAUCUGAUUGAAAUAGUUAUUAUAGAAUAAAAUAGGCAGUUGUAUGAAGCUAUACGUUCAUACGGUGACCUCUAUUUCCAAGUGUGCAGGCACAACUUGUAGGCAAAAAAAACGCCAAAGCUUUUGUACCAUUUGCAUAGCUGUUUCUAAAUAAAAAUGAGUGCCUGUAUGUUUGCAUUUGU